UAAGCUCUGUUACUGUAUCCUGUGUGUUUUUCACUGCUGACUCCUCACAUCUCGUAUUACACUUUAGUACCACUGGAUUUGCCCCUGUGUUUUCUGUGGAAAUGUUGGAGAAAGUUUUCAUCUUGCUUUUUGCUUCAACUGCUCUGGCACAAGAGCUGUGUCGGCCAGAUGCUCCAGAGGCCUACAAAGUACGACUGAGCAUCAAAACUGCUCUGGGAAACGAGGCUUAUGAAUGGAACGACAAUGAGAUGUACCUUUUCCAAGCCACACUGGCUUUUGCCAUGAGGAACCAGCUCCCAGGACAGCAGUUUGAAGUGUCCAACAUCAUCGUCUGUAAUAUCACGCCGAGAGUGUCCUUCUGGUUUGUGGUGACAUCAGUGAACAGCCCAACAACUCUGAUCCCGAAGCAGAAUGUGGAAAACGCAAUAAAGGAAGCAAGACAUCGGAUCAACAGUGCAUUCCUACUCACAGACCAGACUCUGGAGUUCCUGGGGAUCCCGCCCACUUUGGCCUCUCCAAUUGCCCCUGGCACCCCGCCAUGGCUCAUCGCAUUCGGGGUCGUCAUGGGGAUAGUGGGCGCUGCCAUUGUCUACUUCCUGGGGACUGCCAUAAUCCGGAGAACUCGCAAAAAGACACCAGAUGAGGACGAAGAGGCCAAAGAAGCCAAUGGAAUCGCUGGUGAAAAUCUGGACGGGAUUUACAACUCAACUUUUUCAGAUGAGGACAAAAUCACUGAAAUGUAAAACUAAACAAAACCAAAAACUACUCUGGACACUACUUUUAAAAGGUACUUUAAUGAUAUCUGACUAAGCCUUUACUUUUGAAUCAAGCUUUUUUUUCUUAACACUCAGUUCACCAGGACAUGUACAUCUACUACAUUUGUGUUUUCUAAAAAGGGGUAUAGGGACCUUUGCUACUUCAAAGAUGAAAUUGAAUAGUAUUUGAAUCUAAAAUACUUUUUGUAGUAACAUAACUUCCUUAAUGUUUUGGGGGAUUUUAGACAUCAAUAUAAUUAAAACAAGGAAGUAAUAACUGACAAUUAACUAUGAAUCUAUUUUAUUUACCCUUUGUGGUAGUGUGGGACAAAACUUAGGUGCCUGAGACAAAAAGUUUGGAACCACUGACCUACUUUGUACUUGUAUACAUAUGUGUAAAUAAGGAUCUUAAUAAUUCACAUUUUUAUGACAGCUGCUGUUUAUUUAGACUUUUGAAUUGCAAAGAAGUACCAUAUGUGACUCACUUUUUGGCCCUGAACACUCCUUUGAGAACCAUUACUGUAAAGUUGUGCAAGGACUUUACCACUAUAAACCACUGCACUCAUUUGAAUGUAAUCUUACAGUUCCUGCUACAAUGUCCUUGGUAGCUUUGAGAACUGAUUGUACAGAAUGCACAUUACCUUAUUUUCGUUGAACUUUUGAAACAAGCUAUUAAAAUGCCAAAACAGUACAAGAUGCUUUGAUCAGAACGCGCCGUACUCUGGAUCAAAAGCAUUGUUACAUCCCAAACUGCCUACUCACCCGUUUUUUUUUUUUUUUUUUUUUAACAAUGUAAACUACA